AUGGACCCUCAGGAGCUACCCCCCAACUACAGCGGCGACAUAUCCGAGGCCAACUCUCAGCAGCAGCCGUCGGCCCCGCGCAGUGGACCGAACCUGACCCGUCAGCGGGCAGCGCGCGCGUGCGACGGGUGCCGCAAGGUCAAGGAAAAGUGCGAAGGCGGCCUGCCCUGCCGAAGGUGCGUGCACCUCCAGCGACGAUGUGCCUUUACCAAGUCGACGGCGCGGGCCAGGGCGGGCGCGUCGGAGAAUGGGGGCACGAGCGCACGGCAAGGCGCGGACGAGGAUGUCGCGGAGAUGACGAAGCGCAUGGCCAACAUGGAGCGCCUGCUGACGCACUUUGUGGGCAACGUGAAGCUCGAUGGGGACACGCUCCAGCAUCUGGCCGACUCGGUCGAGAAGAAGAGGCUCGAUCAGAUGCCGCCCGAGGAGGAUGCAGAGGUCAAGUCCAACAGCUCAGGGGACGUCAAGCUCGAUGAGAUUACGACUACUCUGGAGAAUUUUCUCAUUGGAAUUUCAGACGCCCCCGACGCCCCCAAGAUCAAAGAAUUCUACCGCUUCGAUGAGCUUCAAGCGCCCCCCGAUGCAUCAGGCCUGUCGUCCUCGUUACCUCCUCGCCAAAUCGCCGACGUUCUCACCCGAGCCUUCUUCUGCCACGCCGAGGGCGACUACUUCUUCGUCGACAGGACCUGGCUCAAUCGCAAGAUGGACGUUGUCUACGAGAAUCCGGCAUCACUGUCACGCCGUGACGUGCCAACGCUGGCAAUCAUCUACAUGGUCCUCGCGGUGGGCACGCAGUACGUCUACCUGGACUCUCUAGGCGGCAAGACCAACAACAACGCGUCAUUCUCGGAAGACGCGAUUGGCAUCAAGUUCUACCAGCAAGCCUGCAAGCUACUACCCGACGUGAUCGCCAUCGCCUCGCUCGAGAGCACCCAGGCAUGUCUCCUUAUCGGGCUGUACACGCUUCCUCUCGAUCCGUCGGGCCUGGCGUGGACCUAUAUCAACCUCGCAAUGAAACUUGCCAUCCAAAACGGCAUGCAUCGCAAUUACCCGGGCGAAGGUCUGGAGCUGGUCAUUCGCGAGACGAGGAACCGCGUCUGGUGGACGCUGUACGCCCUGGAGAGAAGGGUCGGCACAUUUCACGGGAGACCCGUGUCGGUGCUGGACGGCGAGAUUGACGCGUCGUACCCAGUCCACAGGCAAGACAUCUGGCCAGGCUCGCCCCCUCAAAACACAGCACAGUUCCACGCCUCAAUUCAUCUCUGCGGUUUCAUCGGCAGGGUCAGGCAUGAGAUCUCCCUAUUCAAGGCUGCCGAUCGGCAAACCACAUUCUGCGCGCUCGCACGGCUGGUCGACAUCAAGGACGAGCUGCACAGGUGGUGGCAAACCCUACCCAGCGAGGUAUGUUCGCAGAACCCUGCCAUGGACGGCGCCGUGUCCCGCGCAGCAGUCCACGUGCGUCUCGAGUUUUGCGUUUUGCGCAUGUACGCCGGCCGCAUCUUCAUCACGCCCCUCAACAACAACUCCAUGGGACCCCGGUCCUCUUCCAAGGGACGGCCUUCCGUGGAGCCUGCCAGCAGCGAGGUUGGCGAGCCCAGCCCACGCUCCGUGUCACUAAACGCGCGACGGCGCUCCAUCAUGAUCACCGACUGCGUGGACGCCGCCCUGUCCAUCGUUGACCUCUGCCGUCUCCUGCAGAACACAGUUGGUCUCGCGCGGGCGUCCUACACUGAGUUCAGCGGUCUCCGCGUCGCGCUGCUCGUCAUACUCUCCCAGUUCAUCGAGAAGCAGCAGCAGGACGCCACCGAGCGACUGCGCCAACCGCUAUAUGAGGGGAUCGCCAUGCUGAAGAACAUGGCUGCGUGGGGUGCUUCUGCGCGCUUCGACGCCUCCCUCAUCGAGGCGUUUGAGCACGCCAUUGCCCGUAUGGACGUCCCAGACAACCCGCAGGAGCCCGCUUCUCGCGAAUCCGACUACGAAAUGUUCAAAAAGUGGCAGAUGGAGUGGCAAGGCUCGGGCGUGACGUCGAAGCACGUCAACGGCGGCAGCGUGGGGGACGACAAGGCGUUUGAUCCGUCGCUGGGGAUCCCGUCGCUCACGGGGAACGCUGCCUCGGGCGGCUGGGGUGGUGUUGCUGGUCCCAAGGCGACGACGCCCCUGGCGAUGCCGUCUGUGAACAAUGCUGGUGCUUUCGGGACGCCGGCGGACUGGGGAUCGAGCGGUGUGGCGACGCUGGGGGGAUUGUCUGAUAUGCUCGGCCAAGGGUAUGGAUUCGACAUUGACCUGGGGCACGCGCCUGUGGAGGGAGAUGGGCGUGGGCCGGACGGGUGGACGGGGAUGUUCUGA